AUGUCCCUCACUGGAGCCUUCCGCAUUGGCGCAGACGACCGAGAGAGUGAGAAGAAGCGCUUUGAACAACAUAUCACCGAACAAUACCCCGAAGCCAACAAUCAUGCCGCUGAGACGGGCGAAGAAUUCCGAAAUCGUAUCCAUCGCGCUUGGGACAAUCUUUGCAAUGCGCCCGCUUCCGUUCAGGAACUUGCACUUUGGUCUGACGAAGAAAAGAAAUUCCAGGACAAUCAGCUACAAAUCAGUUUGAAGCAACAAUUCCAGGAGGGCCGGGGGCUUGUAGAAGAAAUGCAAAGGCUAGUCGAAGUUGGAAAGACCCGGCCCCGAGAGAUCUUCAAAAGGGAACAACCGGACUUGAAAUUGUACACUGUUUCUGUCAAGAUAGUACCGGAAGAUAAGACGCUCUAUCCCGAUUAUUCGAAUUUCCCGACUGCUGCCGCGUGGGCUCAAAGAGAUGUGCGUAUGGAUCGUUACCGCGAGUUCAAGUUUCAAGGAAUGCGAAAUGAAAGCGUGGAGCUCUUCUUGCAGAAGGAGGCUGCUAUCAGUUACGCGAAACAGCUGAGAUGCGGGCAUGAGCUGGAAAUAUUCGAUAUAGAUCCUAAGCUGGUCGAUCGGGUGUCAAAGGAGGGUUCUCUGCAACAGCAUCGGGCGAUCAAUGAGGCUAGUCCUAAGACAUUGGGUGAGCCUCGGAGGGUGAUCAUGCUCAACCAUACCCUUGUGUACGUUGUAUCAGCAUCACAGGUCUAG